CGAGCGGGAGCCGUGUCUCUGCCGUGACCUUCGGGAAGAUCAGGGCCCCUGGGGAGCAAGCCCACACACGGCCAAGCACUUUCUCAUCCGUGGGCCUGCGUGAGGAGUGGGAGCAGAGUUCACAGUCUCUCCCACCGCCCUCAGGGGACUCUCGGGUGCUACUCCGUGGCGUUAGGAACUCUGGAGCCGGGCGACUGGGUUCGCCCGAGCCCUUUCUCGGCUGCGCCGACCCCGGAAGCAGGGCAUCCGAGGGAGCUCUUCGUGAGCCACACACGUCCGGGAGGCGAGCCCAGGGUCUUUUCUCCAGGCGGGCGGGCGGGCCGGGUAACCCCACAGGCAGGGUGGCAGCACGUCUGAAGACCAGAGCCUGUGACCUUCAACUUUGCCCAGCCUGGGCCAGCGACCAUCUUGGCAGCUGAUAUCACGAGGAAGACUUGGGGACUCGGAAGUCUUUAAGGGGAGCCUUCCCAGGUUACAUGGAGCGUUGGGGUGGAAUGCUGCGGCUCCUCCUGUCUGGGCCAGGGGGGAGGGGAGGAACUCAGGCCUGGGUCUUCAGCUCCUGGCGGCGCCAUCUGCCUCAGGCUGGGUUGUUGAGUGCCACGGACCUGGUCAACCAGUGGACAGCGGUCUUUGAGAAGGAGGGCAUCCCAGAGGCCCGGGAAUCCAGUGAGUACAUCGUGGCUCAUGUCCUUGGAGCCAAAACAUUUCAGAGCCUGAGGCCAGCACUACGGAGGCAGCCCCUGACCCCUGGGCAACUACAGUGCAUCCAGGAACUGAGUGGCCGCCGAUUGCGAAGGAUGCCUGUGCAGUACAUCCUCGGUGAGUGGGACUUUCAGGGGCUCAGUCUGAAGAUGGCGCCCCCAGUGUUCAUCCCUCGGCCAGAAACGGAGGAGCUGGUUGAAUGGGUGCUGGAGGAGGUGGCCCUGAGGCCUCGUGCAGCGGAAGCGCAAGGAGGCCCCCUCAUCCUGGAGGUGGGCUGCGGGUCGGGGGCCAUCUCCCUCAGCCUGCUGAGCCGACUCCCCCAGAGCAGAGCCAUUGCCGUGGAUAAGGGAGACGCUGCCGUCUGCCUGACCCGGGAGAACGCUCAGCGGCUUCAUUUGCAAGACAGGAUUCAGAUCGUCCCCCUCGAUGUGACCUUAGAGGGGAGCUGGGCGCACCUUCUGCUCUGGGGCCCCCUGGACCUGAUCAUCAGCAACCCUCCCUACAUCUUCCGCAAGGACAUGGAGCAGCUGGCCCCUGAGAUCCGAAGCUAUGAAGACCCAGCUGCCCUGGAUGGCGGGGAGAAGGGCAUGGACAUCAUUGAAUGUGUCCUGGCCCUGGCCCCACGGCUCCUGAAGGACUCUGGAAGCAUCUUCUUAGAAGUGGACCCAAGGCACCCAGAGCUCGUUGGCAGCUGGCUGCAGAGCCGGCCUGACCUGUCCCUCAACCUUGUGGCUGUGUGCAGGGACUUCUGUGGGAGGCCCCGGUUCCUGCACAUCCAGAGGUCUAGCACCCAGGGUGGCUGCCCUGUGGAUGUCCAGCCAGGGCUUCCGCCUGCCAGAGUGCCUAGAUGACACUUCUUCCCAGAAUGCUCCUUGGAGAGACGGGAUGGGGCCUUCCAGAGCUCCGGACACUUGGGGCAUUUCCUGUGACUCUGGGAUUCCCCAUGUUCUGCGUUUCUAGGCUUGGGGGAAGAAGUCAGCGCAGGGGUGACCCUCCUGGGACAGCAAAGAGCAAGGCCAUCCACCGGCCCGGGGGCUGAGCAGCCCUGGGUUCCCAGCCUGGCUCCAUCACGCCGGUGUGGCCAGUGCAGGCUGCUGGGCGUCUCUGUGGGUGGAACAGCUCUGGGGUUGUGGGGAGAUUUGGCCAAUAAAGCACCAGGAGACUGGCCCUGGCUGGGGUGGCUCAGCUGGUUGGAGUGUUGUCCCUUGCACCAAAAGGUUGUGGGUUUUGUCCCCAGUCGGGCACAUGGGAGAGACAACCAGUCAAUGUUUCUCUCUCAUAUCAAUGUUUCUCUCCCUCUCCCUCCCUCUAAAAUUAAUAAGCCUGUCCUUGGGUGAGGGUUAAAAAAAAACAAAAAAC